AUGGUGAAGGUGACAUCUGCAAAUGGCGAUCGUGUGGAUAUGCGAGUUGUGACGCAAGGUGCCCAUACCCUCGUCAGGCGAAGGGAAUCUGAUGUGCCCUGGGUUAUGAUGUGGCAGAGGAUGAGCCCCGCGCCGCCCAAGCCCCUCGGCCGCAAUGCCGCCGCACGCCCGCCGCAACCCCCUUCCCCUCCCAGGCCCGUUGGGUUUCGUCCUGCGAGCCCCGGGCCGCAGUGCGGGGUGAUGGGUGAUCGGACGUUAUUUGAUGAAUCAGGAGCCAGAUUACCCUCGCGUCCUGAAUAUACACACGUACCUGAAAAGAAAGGGAGACAUGAAGAAAAGAUAUCUGCAAAUACUAGCCGACCAACACAAUCCGCGCCCAAUCAGCUGAUUAGCAAACCACUGAAUCCCACCAAGCCAUGUGUGCCAACGCCGCUGACGUCAGCGAUGGCAGACCUCUCCGCUUUGUUCCUGUGCGCCUGUCUCUAUUUCGUUGGUCCUUGGCUGAACACUUUUAUGGAACCUGAUAUUCCUGGAGGACGGAAUCCCGACGCCAGCGAAUCCCGACGCCAGGGAAUCCCGACGCCAGUGAAUCCCGACGCCAGCGAAUCCCGACGCCAGGGAAUCCCGACGCCAGCGAAUCCCGACGCCAGUGAAUCCCGACGCCAGCGAAUCCCGACGCCAGGGAAUCCCGACGCCAGGGAAUCCCGACGCCAGUGGAUCCCGACGCCAGGGAAUCCCGACGCCAGUGAAUCCCGACGCCAGCGAAUCCCGACGCCAGGGGAUCCCGACGCCAGCGAAUCCCGACGCCAGCGAAUCCCGACGCCAGGGAAUCCCGACGCCAGCGAAUCCCGACGCCAGAGAAUCCCGACGCCAGGGAAUCCCGACGCCAGGGAAUCCCGACGCCACGAAUCCCGACGCCAGGGAAUCCCGACGCCAGGGAAUCCCGACGCCAGCGAAUCCCGACGCCAGCGAAUCCCGACGCCAGGGAAUCCCGACGCCAGCGAAUCCCGACGCCAGCGAAUCCCGACGCCAGGGAAUCCCGACGCCAGGGAAUCCCGACGCCAGUGGAUCCCGACGCCAGGGAAUCCCGACGCCAGGGAAUCCCGACGCCAGGGAAUCCCGACGCCAGGGAAUCCCGACGCCAGUGGAUCCCGACGCCAGGGAAUCCCGACGCCAGGGGAUCCCGACGCCAGGGAAUCCCGACGCCAGCGAAUCCCGACGCCAGGGAAUCCCGACGCCAGGGAAUCCCGGCGCCAGCGAAUCCCGACGCCAGGGGAUCCCGACGCCAGGGAAUCCCGACGCCAGGGAAUCCCGACGCCAGGGAAUCCCGACGCCAGGGAAUCCCGACGCCAGGGAUCCCGACGCCAGGGAAUCCCGACGCCAGGGAAUCCCGACGCCAGCGAAUCCCGACGCCAGGGAAUCCCGACGCCAGCGAAUCCCGACGCCAGGGGAUCCCGACGCCAGCGAAUCCCGACGCCAGGGAAUCCCGACGCCAGCGAAUCCCGACGCCAGCGAAUCCCGACGCCAGGAAUCCCGACGCCAGCGAAUCCCGACGCCAGGGAAUCCCGACGCCAGCGAAUCCCGACGCCAGCGGAUCCCGUCGCCGUCCGCCCGCGAGCGAACCAGGAAGCGCCGCGCUCUCCGAUCUCGUGA